CGGCCUGUCAGGUUGCGCGCGCCCCCGCCACGCCUGCCUCCCAGCCGCGGUGCGCGGAGCGCGCGCUCCCGCCGCUGUCAUUGGAGCCGUGAGGCCGGGGAGAGAGCAGCAUGCAGCUCGACUCAGCCUGAGCCAAUGAGGGGUCUGAGGGAAGCGGGGGGCCCCCGGGGGCCAACACUGCCCUGUUGCCUCAUACUGCUGCUCCUGAGGGCAUCGACGGCCCGGCCAGUUGACCAUUGUCGAAAAAUCGAUUGUACUUUAGAGCGGAGAGAGUAUUGCCCCAGCGGCUCCCAUGUGUGUGGCCCCUGCCUCCAGGGCUUCGAGGAAUCCAGAGAUGGAAAAUGCCAGGAGGCUCCGCAGUCACCAAAAGGAAAAGGUGCUUUUCCCAACGUGGAUGCAGAGAUUGACUACCUGGCAACCAUACUGUCCAAUCAGAACCCCAAAACACUACAGCUGGCUGACGGAGGUAACAUCACAAACCCAAAGCCGCCGCCGCCUCCUCCAAACCUGCCGCCGUCGGAGAGGAAAGGAAACGCGUCGGGGGGCGCAGCGCCUCCACAGAGGGGCCGCAAACAGCCGCUCAGCGAUGCCCUCAUACUCGGCGUGGUGGUCGCGUGUGCCGUUACGGGACUCCUGGCCUUGAUGGUGGCCGGACUGUGCUGGUGCAGAAUGCGAAGGGAGAUGAAGUUGGCCGAGAAGGCGGAUUACCCGGCGUUCAGGUCCUCGCCGCCUCCCGCCUACGAAAAGACGUCCCCUGGAGAUAACAAGUUGGCCCAAAACGCCCAGAUGUAUCAUUACCAACACCAGAAGCAGCAGAUGCUAUCAAUGGAAAAAAAUAAAGACGAGCCCAAACACACGGACUCGGCCGUCACAUCGGACGAGGAAAACGAGGACGGCGAUUUUACCGUCUACGAAUGUCCUGGUUUAGCACCGACCGGAGAAAUGGAAGUGAAGAAUCCCCUGUUUGACGAUUCCACUUUACACCAUCCGGGCCCCAAAAAACCGUAGCGGCCCCCGUCACCGGCCCCUCCUCCAGACUGGUUCUAAAAAAUAACAGAGAGAGAGAAUUCCGCAUAAAUACUCCGCUCCGUAUUUUGGAAAAGAACUUUUCAAGCCUACCUGUUACAUUGUUACCUGAGACUGUUAAUAAACGAGCUCCAACUCUC